AGCAGCGCAGUCACUUCUUGCUUUCUGAGCGGAUGGCAUGUGUCGCUUCCGUGGGAACUCUCUCCAAUAGGAAUCAGUCAGCUUCGAGCUCCCUGUAAACGCGGACAUGGGUGUUUCUCCAGACAUGCAUUUCCACGCAUUUCUUUUCCUGGUUUUACAAUUCCGACAGUAAUCGCAACGUUGCCACAGUCUCAUCGGCAUGUUUUGCUUUUUUCACGCCUUUCUAAUAAGUUUGCGUGUGGCGACAGAAAACACUUUUGUGUGGAUUAUUUGCAGGAAUGGUUCAUGGGAGCGUGCCGCGUCCUCCUCUUCCUCCUCCUGCUGCCUUUAGGAAACAACUUCAGCUGGCUUUCACGCUAACCAGUUUCAUGAUUUAUUAAGACAUACUAAGGGAGAUAAUGAGCAACCACAAGGGUGGUGGGAUGGCAUCGAAGGAGAGGCUGUACGAGCUGUGGAUGUUAUACUACACAAAGAAAGAUGUGGGUUAUCUGCAGCAGUGGCUGGAGGCAUUCGUGUCGUCCUUUGAGAAACUCAUUGAUGUGCAAUCACUGGAGCCACGGAGGCUGGAGGAGUGCAGCGCCGAGGUGCCCCUGCUCCCCAGGGAGGUCCUGGUGUUCCUCAGUACCCAGCUAUGGCACAGCGCGGUACACCUCACCGCCGGCACCGAGCAAAACAGCAGCACCCCUCACCCCCUGCUCCUCAUCAAGUUCUUCAUCAUUGUGUGCAGGAACAUGGAGAACAUUGAGACAGACAAGACCCCUGGUUUUGUUUUUGAAACCAUUAAGCUUCUGAAUUUCUGUUUGGACCAGCUAAAAAAGGGACAAGGGGAGCAGUCGUCGUUGGAGCUGGUUGUGCAGUACGGACUUGUGCUAUGUGAGAGUCUAUUUGACCCUUAUCAGACGUGGAGGAGACACCUGGAAGGGGAGGAGGUGAGCUUGCUGGAGAGGAACAAGUAUAAGUUCUCCCCGCUCACCCUGCCAGAGGAGUUGCCUGCUCUCUUCCAUGAAAGUCUCCAGGAAAGCGAAAAGAUCCCAGAGCUCCUAACCCUCAGAUUGGUUCAUCUCCAGGGUGCUGUCAUCAGUGGAGCAAAGAAGAAUGGCCUUCUCUCCAUCACCCCUCAGUCUGUUGAGGAUAUGUUCUCUGUCCUGCGAGCGUGGUGCUGCCGGACCUCCGCUGAACCAAAAGACACAGGUCUACCAAGGCUGACCCUGCAGUGCCUGACCACAAUGAUCCAUCUCCUGCACUCCAGCAGCCCUGCAGAGCGACAGGUGGAGAUCAGGACGAUACUGGAGAGCUUCUUCCAGCUCCUCAACUGGAACCGUCUGCCAAGCAGCAAGGAGCAAGACAGGCAGACUUGGGAGGACAGUCUGAUCUCUUUGCAGAGCCAAAUGCUAACCGCUGUUCCUGAAAUCCUGCAGUGCCCUGACAGACCAGUGCUGCAGGCUGUGUUCCUCAACAACAACUGCUUUGAGCACAUCCUCAGGCUUGUUCAGAACAGCAAGCUCUUUCAGAGCAAAAGGUGUAAACUGGAGCUUGAGGUUGUGAGUGACCUCACUACGUGUUUACUCACAGAGGUUGAAGUGGACCAGGUCUUGGAGAGAGGACCCGACAGUAUUACAGUUCAUGCCCUAGGUGUCCUCACUGCUAUAAUGAGCAACUCUCCCUCGGCUAAGGAGGUUUUCAAAGAGAGGAUUGGUUACCCCCAGCUGUUUGAUGUGCUGAAGAGUCAAGGUCAACCCACUAAAAGGCUGCUGCAGGAACUGAUGAACAUGGCAGUGGAGGGUGAGCAUGCCCACGCCCAUCACCUUGGCAUAAGUAACGACCAGCCUUUGCUGCUGCUCCUGCAGUGGCUGCCUGACCUGUCAGGCCAAAGGGACCUUCAGCUGCUGGUGGCCCAGUGGCUGGCUGCCAUCUGUGGUGGCUCUUUAUCCUGUCGCACUGUGGCUGUAGAGGCAGGCAUGAUGGGGGCUCUGCUGCAGGUUCUUUCCCAGCCACAGAAUCUGGACAGGCAGUGUGCAGACGCCCUUCUUGGUCUCCUGCAGGACCUGGGCUCCCUGUGCCUGAGGCCAGAGGAGCUGAAGAGCCUGCUCAAACUGCUGAGGGUGGAUCAGGACAAUGGUGCAGCAGUGGGGAAGGUGCACCCCUACUGUACCCCCAUCAUCCGAGUGCUCUCUGCCAUGGCUGCCAGAGAAGGCCAGGACAGUGCCCUGCAGUACUUUGACCUUACAUGCCCUGUGGCUGGCAUUAUGGUACCCACAAUCCAACGCUGGCCAGGUAGCGGCUUUGCCUUUCAUGCCUGGCUCUGCCUCAACAAGGAAUUCCCCUCAGAGUUCUCAAACAACCGGAAGCCUUCUGCAAACUCUGGCAACGGGACCCAGCAUGACAUGGGAAAAGGUCCACGCAGAAAACAGCUCUACAGCUUCUUCACUGCAAGUGGAACUGGGCUGGAAGCCUUCUUCACCAUGGGGGGUGUACUUGUUGUGGCUGUUUGCACUAAAAAAGACUACAUGGCUGUCACACUCCCUGAGCACCCACUGGCUGACUCAUGUUGGCAUUCGGUGGAUAUAGUCCACAUACCAGGUCGUCGCCCCUUUGGUCAGAACCUUGUAACCAUAUACAUUGAUGGUGAGCAGCGCAAAACUGCUCAGCUUCGCUUUCCAUCUUUCAGUGAGCCUUUUACUUCCUGCUGCAUCGGCUCUGCAGGCCACCGUACCACUAUCACCACCACCUCCCCCAACCUGCCCACGUCCUCCUCCUCCAAUGCAUCAACAUCAGAGUUUUCCUUCCCCGCCCAUGCCCCUGCCCUUAUCCGUUCCCAGUCCUUCCCAGCCUCUUUUACAGGAGGCCGCUGGGGGUCUCUGGGAGACGCCCCAGUGCACACCAUCUCAGCAGGACGACAGGACACAGAGUGGGGAACACCUACAUCUUUGGACGGGCUGCUGGGCACAGCCUUUAUCUGCCACGAGGCUCUGCAGCAAAAUCAGACCAGAGCUCUGCACGCUGCAGGCCCAAAUCACGUGUCCCUAUUCAAAGCGGAUGGAGAGUUGUCUGAUAUAAACAGCAGGCUUCUGCUCUACUACACUCCACAGGCCUUCAAGAGCCAGAUUUGUCUGGACUUGUCACCCAAUCACCAAUAUGAUGGAAGGCUUACAGGACACCGGGUAGUCAACUGGGACAUUAAGGAUGUUGUGAACGUGGUGGGGGGUAUGGGGGUUUUGCUGCCCCUGCUCGAGCAGGUUUGUGAGGCCGAGCAGGCUUAUAACGGCGGUCGGGAGAUCUCAGACCUGCUGGGACCAGAGCUCACUUCCCCCAGAGGCCGGGCUGCCAUGCUGCUGCCACUAAACAAGUCUGCAGAGGGCAGACUGGAGAGAAACAGCGUCGCAGCCUUCCUGUUGAUGGUAAAAAACCUGAUUCAUCAUCACCCCGUCAAUCAGGAGAGCCUGCUGCACUGCCACGGGCCAAGCAUCAUUGGAGCAAUGCUCAGCAAAGUUCCUGGCAGUAUGAUGGACAUGAACGUUUUAAUGGCAUGUCAGCUGCUGCUCGAGCAGGUUUUCAACGAGGGCAACAGUUUACUCCUACUGCAGCUCUACCAGCACCUGCUCUUUGAUUUCCGCAUCUGGACUAAAAGCCAUUUUGCCGUCUGUCUGGCUCAUGUGCAGUACCUGUCCUCUGUGAUCAACAAGGGAAAGCAGCGCGUUAAGAGGAAGUAUGGCGUCCAGUAUAUUCUGGAUACCAUUCGCACGUACUACAGUGUGGAGAAAGAUGGCAGCCCUCUGUCUGAUGAAAAGCAGACGAUUCAAACAUCUCUGUUUGGGUUGCUGAAAGACUUUCUCAAGACCCCCACGCCAGAGGAGCUUCACAGCGUCCUCGCCUACAUUUUGACUGCAGGAGAGGAGCAGCAGGUGGUGAGGGCGUUGGAUGUGCUGUAUGACCUGUUGAGGAGCAGCCCCCCUCGUGAGCAGGUGCAGGCUGUGCUGCUUGAAUGGGGUGUGGAGCAGCUGUACUGCUUGUUGCUCACUCAGAGCUUCGGAGACGAGGCCAGAGAGAGGGUCUUCAGGGUUUUGUAUAAAAUCCUCAAGAGCGAGCGGGUGUCUGAGCGUAAUAAACAGCGCAUAAAGCUGAAGGACUUCGGAUACCUGGGCCUGGUGUUCUUACUUGAAAACUUCCCAGUUACCAUGACGACAGUGCGAUGUCUGUACGAGCAGGUCCUAGCUACAGAUCCCAACCCGAACUUCAGGGACCUGCUGGCUGUGGUCUCUCUGUCCCAUCAAGCCGAACUCACGGUCCGCUUAGAUGUCUGUCGUAAGCUCUUUCAUCUGAUCUACUCCAACGAGGAUUAUGUGAAGCAGCUCGCUAAGCAGCCCGGCUGGCAGGACAUUCUCACCAAACUCUAUGUAAAGGAGUCCUAUGAGUACUGCCCUGCCAGCAUUUCAGACUCUGGCACCCACAGCUCCUUUGAACAAAACUACCGGCCAGCAUUACGCAGAGAUCCGUCCAUGGUCAUAGAGGACACAAGCAUCUUCCUGAGCUACCAAAUCUCAGAGGACAUCGAUGACGAGGAGGAGGAUGAGGGUGGUAGACGAGAUAUGUCUGAGGGCUUUUCUGAUUUAUCCCAGUCGCCUUCGAGUGGAGGUGGAGGCACGCUGAAAAACUACGCCGGCUCCCUUCAUUUCAAGUCGUUUGAUUCAGUGGAACAGGGGAGCCACUCGUCCUCCAUCUCUAAUGCGAUGGAUAUCAAUUCAUCUCGCCCCGAUGGGGAAGGGAGAGACUACCAGCCCCUCUCCCCCUUUGGUACAUCACCCUUUGAAUUGUACAUGGGGGGGAUGGGUGAGACAGGCGCACACACUCCUGUAGGAAGUCUGACAAACACGCCAUCUCCUCUAGAGCACUGCAAACCUUUUCCACCUCUCAGACCCAGAAAGAGUUCCAGUCUGUCCAACGUGCUGGAUGAUACAAGCUAUGGGACAGACCCCCCCACUGGGGAUACAAUAUCCAACACAUCAAACCCACAGCAGACACCUGAGGAGGAGCUCUGCAAUCUACUGACCAACAUCAUCUUCUCGGUGCUGUGGUGCCGCAGCAGGCUGGAGGGGACCGAGGAUGUGGUGUGGAGAGAAAGAGGGCAGGUCUUCUCCGUUCUCACCAAACUUGGCUCCUCCUCCCAACUUGUCCGUCCUCCUGAUGAAAUAAAACGAAGUCUUUUAGAGAUGAUGCUGGAGUCGUCUCUGUCAGACCUGAGGGAGGCCCAGGGAGCUUCUCUGCCUUUCUGCCCCAGUCUCGUUCGGCUCCUCAGGCUCCUGCAGGACUUUUUGUUUGCUGAGGGUACAAACAACCACACCCUGUGGAGUGAAAAGAUCUUUGAGGGGGUGGUGAACCUGCUGGACAGGUUGCAGGCUUGGCAUAGCACCCCUGGGAGCCCCGGGAACACCGAACUGAAGGAAAUGGCACAGAUUGGACUACGAAUCAUCACGGCGUACAUCCAUCAGCAGCUCUCACCGGUGCGUGAAAUGGCCUUUUUGAAGCUCCACAGUCUUCUACAAACUGUGCUGCCUCUCAGCUGGGAGGAGGUGUGCUUCCUGCUCGGGCACCUUGGCUCCCCCCUGUGGCCGGAAGGUGUAAUUGACGGCAACAAAUGUGGAAAUGCAGAGACUUUCUCCCAACUGGUCCCGAUUGUGCGAACGCUGCUGGACCAGCACGCAGAACCCGAGGCCCUCCAAAACUUAUUACCAAACCUGCCCGUAACUAAUGGCAGCGCCACCUUUGCCCAGGACCUGAAGACUUACUGCGACACAUCGGAGUGGCAGAGUUUUUUCCAACAGCAGGUUCAGCCCACUAUGGAGCUGUAUGAGCUGGACACGUUUGGGAGGAGCCAUGACAUCAUGUCCAAUUUCUGGAACUCUUGCUUCGAUGACCUGAUGAGUACAUCUUUUAAACGGGACAAAGACAGAUCAGACAGCAAGACCAAGUUUCAGGAAGUUAUUGUGGACCCCUACAUGAAGCGUGUGAGGAGUGAGAACAACAGGUAUUUCAGUUGGCAGAAGCAGAUCUCCAGCCAGCAGGGGGUGGUGUUGCAGCACUGGAGAGCUCUCCGCAGACUUCUGACCAGUGAGAGAGGAGCAUGGGCCAACAGAGUUCAACCAGAGGUGAAACUGAAACUGUCUAGUGCAGAGACUUACUCAAAGAUGCGUCUAAAACUUGUGCCCAACUACAACUAUGAUCCUCACAUUGAGGCCAGUGCCCAGAGGGAUAACAUGGGAGCUGACAGUCCUCGUAGCUCUGAAACCCUCCCACUGGCUGUUGCAAAGGAAGCAAAAGUCAGCGACAUGGAGGACGACCGGUUGGGAGAAGAGGAUGUUGUCUUUUUGGAUGAUAAGGCGGAGGGAGAAGACGAGAGCCAAAAAGAAAAACUGGUUCUGUCUGAAGAUUGUGAGCUCAUCACCAUUGUGGACGUGGUGCAGGGUCGCCUGGAGGUCACCACGCAUCAUCUUUACUUCUAUGACGGCAGUAGUGAGAAAGAAGAGACGGAAGAAGGAAUCGGGUUUGAUUUUAAGCGGCCCCUGUCUCAGCUCAGAGAAGUCCACUUGAGGCGCUACAACCUGCGGAGGUCUGCGCUGGAGCUUUUCUUCAUUGACCAGGCUCAUUACUUUAUCAACUUUAAAAAGAAGGUACGAAACAAAGUGUACUCGAGGAUUCUGGGGCUGCGGCCUCCAAAUCUCUUCUACUUUGGCUCUCGCUCCCCACAAGAGCUGCUGAAGGCAUCCGGACUGACACAGAAAUGGGUCUGCAGAGAAAUCUCCAAUUUUGAGUAUUUGAUGCAGCUGAACACCAUCGCUGGACGCACUUACAACGACUUGUCGCAAUAUCCUGUGUUCCCCUGGAUCUUGUGUGACUACACCUCUCCCGUUCUGGAUCUGGAGGACCCGUCCAUUUUCAGGGACUUGUCCAAACCUAUAGGUGUGGUCAACCCUAAACAUGCACAAAAUGUCAGAGAAAAGUAUGAAAGCUUUGAAGACUCAACAGGCACCAUUGACAAAUUCCACUAUGGCACUCAUUACUCUAAUGCAGCAGGAGUCAUGCACUACAUGAUCCGCAUGGAGCCCUUCACAACUCUACAUGUUCAGCUGCAGAGUGGCAGGUUCGACUGUGCAGACAGACAGUUCCACUCUGUAGCAGCGGCCUGGCAGGCUCGCAUGGAGAGUCCUGCUGACGUCAAAGAGCUCGUCCCGGAGUUCUUUUACCUCCCUGAGUUCCUGCAGAACAUGAACGGCUUUGACCUGGGACAUUUGCAGAUGUCUCAGGAGUCGGUGGCAGAUGUUCUGCUGCCUGCCUGGGCAACAUCAAGAGAAGACUUCAUCAAGAAACACAGGAAAGCCCUGGAAUGUGAUCAUGUGUCAAAUCACCUCCACGAGUGGAUCGACCUGAUCUUUGGUUACAAGCAGAGAGGAGAGGAGGCUGUGAACGCUCUCAAUGUCUUCUAUUACUGCACUUAUGAGGGUGCCGUGGAUCUGGAUGCGAUUAUAAAUGAGACAGAACGCAAAGCUCUGGAAGGGAUCAUCAGCAACUUUGGACAGACUCCCUGCCAGCUCCUCAAGGAACCUCAUCCCCCUCGGAUGACAGCUAAUAACGCAACAAGGCGGCAGGCCCGUCUGGACACUUUGCCCCCCAAUAUCUUUGAGCAGCUCACAAAACUCCGACCUUUUGUGGAGGUUGUAAGUGAUGGACUCCCUCUGGUCCAGGCGGUGGUACCAAAGAGCCAGAACCGCUCCUUCAUCAUCCAGGGUUCAGACAUACUGGUGACUGUGAGUUCAAACGGGUUGAUCGGGACACACAGCUGGCUACCAUACGACAAAAACAUCGCCAACUACUUCACCUUCACCAAGGAUCCAACAAUAGCCAAUCCCAAGACGCAGCGUUUCUUGAGAGGGCCUUUCGCUCAGGGGAUGGAGAUCAGUGCUCAGGUUCUGGUGGUUUCCAACGACGGCCGUCUGCUGUUCAGUGGAGGACACUGGGACUGUAGUCUGCGUGUCACCCAACUGGGGAAGGGCAAGCUGGUGGGCAGGAUCUGCCGUCACAUUGACGUUGUUACGUGCUUGGCGUUGGAUCUCUGUGGCAUCUACCUCAUCUCUGGUUCAAGGGACACAUCCUGUAUUGUGUGGCAGGUUCUACAGCAGGGUGGCUUCUCCAGUAGCCUGUCUCCUCGGCCGGUGCAGGUUCUCUGUGGGCAUGACCAGGAGGUCACCUGUGUGGCCAUCAGCACAGAACUGGACAUGGCUGUCUCAGGGUCAAAGGACGGGACUGUGAUCGUACACACUGUCAGACGAGGCCAGUUCCUGCGAACACUGCGGCCUCCUGGUGACAGCUGUGUGCCUGCACAGAUCUCUGAGCUGCAGGUGGGCAUGGAGGGGCACAUUGUGGUUCAGACCUCGCUGGAGGAACGCUCUCACAGACGGGGCAAGUACUCCAUUCAUGUUUACUCAGUGAACGGCUGUCUGCUGUCCUCCUCCAGUAUGGAGGAGCAGGUGACUGCUAUCCACCUAGUGUCUGAGUACAUCAUCCUGGGGACAAUGGAGGGCAGCCUUCACAUACGAGAUUUAUGCAGCCUGGAUGCUCCAGUACCACCUCUAGCCUUAAUGGUCCCCGUGAGGAGUGUGUCCGUCACCAAAGAGUUCAGCCACAUCCUGGUGGGACUGGAGGACGGGAAGUUAAUCGUGGUGGGGGCAGGGAAGCCGGAGGAGGUUCACACAGGACAAUUCCCACGGCGCCUGUUCAGCACACGUCGCAUCUCUCAGGUGUCGGCAGGUGAAACUGAAUAUCAUCCCACUGAGAAUGCUGGGAAAUGAGACGAACAACGAUUGAGGACCUUUAAGGACGCAUACCUGCUGCAAGAUGCACCCCAGACUCAACGCACCCUUCUUUCCAUCCUCUACAUGCUGGGAGACGAACUGUCUGCCUCAGCAAACUGAUCCGUCUGAGAGAGAAACCAGACACUGAGCACUUUCUUUAUCCUAAAGUGAUAUGAUAUUUUAUUGUGAAUAGACUCAUGCACUGUUUUUAAUCAGCAUCAUUCCAAAGAGUGGCCUUGUUUUGCUUUGUGAGUCAUAUUUCAGGGAUGUGACUCAUGAGACACGGAGAGAAAAGUAACUCUGUGAACUCUGCGGACUCUCUUUCUUUUCUUGUCAGAGGAACAGCUGUGAUCCCUGCGCUGUGGAAUGUCUCAAAGCCAUUGAUUGGCGAUGGCACCUUCUUAAAAAAAACAAAAAACUCCUGGACACUUGAAAAAUGUUGUAAAUGUUGCUCGAGAUUUUCACAUUGCAAUACUGCUAACCACCACAAGAGGGUUGACUGUAAAGAAAGACGUUGAGUAAACUGAUCACUAGUGAAACAAGCGCCCCAUUACUAUAUCUCUGCUGUCCUUCAGGCUCUAAGCGAUAAAAACCUGUUACAAUUAAAGCAAUAAGUGCUUUAAUGGUUAAGUAUGUGAAAUAUAUUCACUUCAAGAGGAGAGUCCUCUAAAGCCUACAAACAGUAGAGGAAAGGACAUUACAAAGUGUCUGAACUCAUGACUUUAUCACUGUUUUAUUUGAUCUAAAAAGUGCCUUUUUUAGCUUGUGUCUUGAGCCAUGUAUAAACACUGAAUUCCAAUCAUCUGUGUCUGUGUAACAUCACAACAUGUCUUGUUUUGAUCAAAUGUAAACGCACCCCACUACUCUAACAUGACUCAGAAAGUGGAUAAGAUGUUGUGAAUGAACUCAGUAAAACUGCUGGCUGGAUGCACACACUUCUCUGUACUGGGGGUUUUACUGUAUAUAAAGAGCUGAAAACAACAAA